AUGGCUUUUUUGGAAGAACCUCCGCCUAAUUCACCAAUCGAUAGUGAAAUGGAAGACAAUCCAACAAACAAUAUUGGGCCAUAUCAGUUUGAGCCCGAAUGGCCGGCUGAUGAACACCAAGAAGCUCACCAGUUUGAGGAUAACGAAGAACAGGAAUUUUUGUAUAUUGACGAUGAAUCUCGGCGCGACAAUCUUGUAUGGUGUCAAUGUGGUAACUGCCAAAUAAUGGAUAAUAACGAGGAAUGUUUAUGCUGCAAAGAGAUUUCCAAUAUUUGUGACAAAAAUUUAGAGGCAGUAGAAACGAAUGAGACCACCGAAGUCCCGUUGUGCAUUACACAACAUCCUGGUUUUGAGCCUGUUUGUCUUAACAGGUAUACCCAUUACAAUUACUUUGUAUGUCAAUAUUAA